AUGGAUUGUCGAACUUUGAAGAUAGCAUUCUGGACAAAUGGUCUUCUGUUCAAAGUCGUUCCUUGCAUAUUGCUCACAGUAUCAAUCAUUGCCUUACUAAAAAUUAUCAAAGAUUUAUCUAUACGAAGGAGGAGUCUUGCGCAGAUAAUGAACAAAAAGCGGAUGCCUCGGGACCACACCACUCCGAUGCUGGUAGCCGUGCUGUCGAUUUUUUUGAUUGCUGAACUUCCUCAAGGAAUUUUGCAUGUGUUCAAUGCGGUCUACUCUAAUGAUACUUUUUAUCAAAAGACGAGUUUUGAAAGACUGGCCAAAGUUAGCAGAUGUGGAUUCAUCUCGUCCCAAGCCUUCUGGAUUUACGACGGAUUUGACUAA